AUGGUCAAGUUUGGUUUCUGCUCUGCCCUCAUCUGGGCCGCCGGCCUUGUUGUGGCCUCGGCCACGCCGGCACCCAUCGUCGCGGUCCGGACCCGGAACUUCCCCGGCACCUCGGACGAGCAGACCCGCCAUCUCAUCUGGCGCCGCCUCGCGAACUUGGCACAUGCGCGCCGAGAGAAUGUGUUCAAGAACAGCGCAAGCCUUGACAAGAGUUGGAAUGAUGCAACUCUGUUCAGCUAUACUUAUGAAGCCGACACGGCCGGCACAAAGUUUGAGAACGCGACAGCCGAGGUCAGCAUUGAGAUCAAGUGUGUGACAUGCUACUUCAAAGCUGGCGCCACGGCUCAGUUGACCAUCGGGGGGGGGUUCGAUCUUGGAGACACAGUUCGCAACGUAACCGGGCAGCUCAAGGAUGAGCUCGGUGAUCUGAUUGAAACCACAGUGCAGAGUCUUGACGACUCCAUUAACUUCGAGGAGCUUAAGCAGUUAAUCGGUCCCGGCGACUUCGAACUUGACGAGUUCAUCAAUUUCGGCAACGUCAGUAUCGAUACUGACAUCGACAUUGACUUGCCCCCGCUCCCAGAAGUCCAACUCUUAUUCCAGAUCGACCACAUGGACCUUUACAUGGAAAUGGACACGACCAUUGCAGCUGGCGCGACCCUAACAAUUCCGUUGGUGAAAUCACCAUUCGCUCAGGCUUUCAUCUCCUCCUCGAGGACCCCGUUGGCUUUCAAGCUUGCUUUAUUCGGCCGGAAUGUGUCCGACGUCAUCUUCGUAGCCGAGUUCCUCACCAACAUCACCGGCGGCGCUGAGCUGGCCGCCCAAGAAGCCUGCAAGCUCAAGAUCGUGCAAGAAUACACGCUCGCCGUCGGCGUAGCCGCAGGCGCCACCGCCGCCCUCGGCGACCACACCUGGGGCCUCGAGCCCAACACGACCAUCCCCCUCUUCUACACCACCCUCGCCGACGUCUGCGCCAUCACCGCCGACGCCACCCCCACGCCCACCACCGGCGCCGUGGCCGCCCGCCAAGCCGCCGAUGACCCGGCCCUCGAAACCACCACCCUCACCACCAAGCUCCUCUACACCGGCAUCAGCUGCGUCUCGCCCGGGCUGGCCGCCUGCCCCCAGUCCCUGCAGACCACCAGCCUGCGCACCGAGACCAAAACCCUCGUCACGGCCGUCCCGCCCGGGGUGACGCCGACGUUCCCGGCGUCGACGGCGCUGACCGUGGCCAGCACCAUCCCCUUUGGCAAGCAGGUCAACAAGCUGGCGGCGACGAGCGGCGCGCCGGUGAGCUACGUGCCGCCGCCGCCGCUGCCGUCGAGCUCGGCGAGGCCGAGUGGCAAGGGCGAUAAGGGCUGGGGUGGGGAUGUGUUGGAUGAUGUGGGCGAGGUGUUUAAUGGCCAGACGGGCGGGGUGUCGAAUAAGCUGAUUAUUGGGCUGAGUGUGGGGUUGGGGGUGCCGGUGGUUGCGGCGGUGAUUGCUGCGUUGGUGCAUUACUUCAAGCGCAAGCGAUACGCACCCGUGCCCAAGGCGGAUACCUCCGUCGAGUAUACAGGCGGGUAUGAGAGCCCGAUGGCUGCGGAGAGAGAGGCGAUGGUCAAGAAGACGCCUGAUCUGUCGACGACUGAGGUGCACCAUUGA